GCGGAAGUGGAACGUUUUGUAUUUGAUGUAAUAGUCCGCGAGUGGUGCUCCAAAGUAACACCCUCACAGUCAAGUUCUGUCAUUGGGUAGGAGGUUCGGUUUUGUUCGGUCCGGUCCAGCAACACAAUGUCUCUCUUAACGGGACAAGCUCUUCAGGAGCAGCUGAGCGUCAUCAUGGCGGCGCUGAGCCAGGCGGCUGUGGUAGAGAUCUGCGAGCUGGUGGAUGGAGCCUUGGCCGGCCUGCGCACCGAGAACCAGCAGCUCAAGAGCAGACUGGACCUCAUCGAGGCUGUGGUGGUUCGGGGCAGUUUUGGCAGCAAGGAGGCCGAGCAGCCGCAGCCGCAGCCGGGCGACGGAGGAGCUGAAGCCGGCGAGGACGCUCAAAUGUCCGGCGAGGAGCUUCCUGACGUGGUGUUGAUUAAAGAUGAAGACUCUGACGUUGAGAAAGAGGAUGUCAUGCCAUCGUCCACCACCCGGCAAAAGAAAAGGCAUCGAGUGAGAGACAAGGAGUUGGACAGGAAAGCAGGAAGUCAGGACGGGGUUACCAUGUACUCAGACACUCUUGGUUGCUCCCCCACGCCGGCUGCUGAUGACACGACGGCGGCUGAGUCGUGUCCGUCAUUCGCUCCUCUGGAAGAACCUGAGGUUCAUCUUGUGGGCCAGGACAGUCGUUUGUCUUAUAUGUCCACGACUGCUGUGAUGGACGGGCCGUCUUCCACUAACAUAAGCAGUGCAUGGAGUGAGCCGCUGCAGAGUCAUGUGACCUUGGCCCACUUCGACCACAAUCCACCCGGCGACGCCUUUGGCCUCAAGAUGAUCAGUGUCUCAGGCUCGGCGCCGGUUGGCCACAAUGACACAACAUUUGAGUACCAGACGGGAGACCUAGCCGACGCCUACGGGGGGGGCAAAGGUCGGCGCUUCAUUUGCUCCGUCUGUAACAAGACCUUUGCCACAUCUCAGAACCUGGACGUUCACAUGCGCAUCCACACAGGAGAAAAGCCCUUCAUUUGUCAGCAGUGCGGCAAGAGGUUCACGCAGUCCGCGCACCUCAAGUCUCACCUCAACAUCCACACGGGAAUGCGACCCUUUGCCUGCACCACGUGCUCGCGAAGCUUCAUCGCCAACCACGCCCUGAAAAUGCACGUUAAGAAGUGUCACACCAACGGCUGACAUGCUAUCUUUGACUUAGCGCUUGCCGUCACAUACGUCUUUCAACUGCUGACAGCGUUCAUUUGACCACAACAGUGUUUCCCACAGGACUGCAAUGUAUGUGUGGUGGUGUCUUAGAUGAUAAUUGGCAUGUGCAUGUCAUUUUUAGAUGCUGUGAUAGGCAAAAAGCGAGGAAAAACUGUAAACAAAUACAUCAUGAAUUUUGUCUGUUUUUUUCCUGUGUAGUUUUUUCUAAUCGGGCAUCGGAGGAGUGUCAUAUUUCUACACUGAUGCAAUGUAAAUAGUCAAUAUUAGGUCAGAUGUUUAAAUACAAAUAUACAAAGCAAGGGUUUUAUAAAAAGUAAAACGUCCAAAGUUUCUACGUCCACUCUUUUGAGAAGACUGUUAUGUGCUUUCAUGUUAAGUCUCCAAAAGUGUCCAAUAAUCCGCUAGGCUUCCUACUAGGAUUGGCCUAUAUAUUUUGUUUACCGGUAUAGAUGCUUCCAAUGAUAAGAAAAUGACUUAUACCGAUGCAAAUCAUAAACCUAAAGAAGCCGAGUUCAUGACUUUGCGGCGUGGCGGUGAUAUAAGAUGAAUCAAAUGCUGUAAUCGUGAGGAGAAAGAAAGUUUGUUUGUGGAAGUAUCGCUCAAUCGUGGCACAAAAUCUCGAAAGACUGAACAAUCCCCUCCCGAUCUACGCAAGUUAAAAUGGAGAUAAACGCAGGCAAAAGUUGUCUGAAUCUCCUCUUAGAGCAUGAAUGGAAGCUAGCAGGGUUUAGCUUAUGUGGUUGUAUGUGCGCGGAUCGAUCUAAAAUCCAUAUCAAUCCCAAUGUUGGUUAUCAAUAUUGAUCUAUACUUGGGCUUCAGUUGGUUUCCUGUCCAUCUGCAACGGUUUAAUUAUGGGCAUGCACUGCAAUGCAGGCCCCCACUGACAGCUACAUUUUUUUUCUACCAUUCUAAUUGGAAGCUCCAAAUUGUCCGUAAGUGUGAGUGUAGACUAUAUGCAUGCAUCAGAUUAGCAGAAGAAAAAGAAUGAGUGACUUUGUGUACUGACCGACUGUGACACGCUGUGUAUUGGUGUCCUUAAAGGAUGGAAUGUAUAUUGUCAGUUAGCAUUCUCACAUAUCACUCCACAAUGGUUACUGUGUGCAAAUAAAUGACCACUAACAAUGUGUGACAUAGGAAAUACCACGUUGGUACACCGAGCCAGUAAUGUAUGGACACAUGCUUCAACCUUAAGGUGAAAGGUUAAAGCACCUACAUUACAA